UAACCAUCUAUUACCAAAUGUUAAACUGUCCCUUCCUCUCUCUCUCUCAAAAACCAUCCAAAAUCUCUCUCCCUUUUCUCAGCAACGAAACAGACAGCUAGAGCUCUCUAGCUGUCUAUCUAGCUCUCUGGAUGAUGGGGACAAGCAGUAAAAAUCUGGCUGCGAUUAGUAAUUCCAGCAGCACUCAUCAGCGUGCAUGGUGGUCGUCGUCCUCGUCGAUUGCGGUUCUGUUGUUUGUGGUUCCGCUGGUUGUGGUUUUCGGGUUGAUUUCUGUGCUGGGUCCGAACACCGCCAAUUGGGUUACUAUCUCCCCCUCUGCUUCUCCUAGUUUAAAUUUAACUGCCACUAGUCCUAGUAGUAGUGAUUCGAAUGACGACGUUUUGGGGUUGAGAUCGACGGUGGCUGUUCUCGAUAUGAACAGCAUAGAAGAAGCUCACUCCGACGACUCCGUACAAAAUCGAUCCUCGUCGCCUCCGAUCGCCAUUGAAGAUGAAGCAGAAGCUUUGCCAACUCUUCAACAACCCAAUGUGACAAACAGAGAUGACUCGAGGAAUGAAACUUAUGCUUCUAUCAUGGAAAAACGACAAAGAAAGAAUACAAAUUUAGGGUUGUUGGAGGCCCGCCUUAGAAGAGCUCGAGCUGCCAUAAGAGAAGCUAAAUUUGGAAAUCAAACACAUGAUGUCGAUUACAUUCCUAAUGGUCCAAUGUAUUGGAAUGCUAAUGCCUUUCACUCGAGCUAUUUGGAAAUGGAAGAAAAGUUCAAGGUCUUUGUUUAUGCAGAAGGUGAACCCCCAUUGUUUCAUAAUGGCCCUUGCAAGAGUAUAUACUCCAUGGAGGGGAACUUUAUACAUCAAAUUGAGGUGAAUAAACAAUUUCGGACUCGAGAUCCGGAGAAAGCACAUGUUUAUUUUCUACCCUUCAGCGUGACAAUGUUGGUCCGUUUUGUCUAUGUGCGCGACUCGCAUGACUUCAGUCCAAUUAGACAAACAGUGAGAGAUUAUGUCAAUAUUGUCUCUGAAAAAUAUCCCUACUGGAACCGAAGCCUUGGAGCUGACCAUUUUAUGCUUGCUUGCCAUGAUUGGGGGCCCGAAACUUCAAAUUCCAAUCCCCAUCUUCGCAAAAACUCCAUUCGUGCCUUAUGCAAUGCCAAUACCUCAGAAGGGUUCAACCCGUCAAAGGAUGUGUCCUUUCCAGAAAUCAAUCUUCAAACAGGCGACACUCACGGCUUCCUUGGCGGGCCUUCUCCAAGGCUACGCUCCAACCUCGCUUUCUUUGCUGGAGGAGUUCACGGUCCUAUUAGGCCUAUUCUGCUAGAGCAUUGGGAGAACAAGGAUCCAGACAUGCGAGUCCAUCAGUACCUUCCAAAGGGUGUUUCGUACUACAACAUGAUGCGACAAAGCAGGUUCUGCCUUUGCCCAAGUGGGUAUGAAGUUGCAAGCCCAAGGGUGGUGGAGGCAAUUUACACCGGAUGCGUCCCGGUGCUCAUCUCAGACCAUUACGUGCCCCCAUUCAGCGAUAUUUUGAAUUGGAAGUCAUUCUCCGUCGAGGUUUCGGUAAGUGACAUUCCCAAUUUGAAGAAAAUACUAACGAGCAUAUCAUCAAGGCAGUAUGUGAGAAUGCAGAGGAGAGUGUUACAAGUAAGGAAACAUUUUGAGGUCAAUUCUCCGCCGAAGCGAUUCGAUGUUUUUCACAUGAUCCUCCAUUCUAUAUGGCUAAGAAGAUUGAAUGUAAGAGUACAUGAUGAUCAAUAAGCCCUUUUGAGUUUGGUGUUUAAAAUUGUGAUUUUCUUGUUCAUAGGUGAUCGAAUUCUUUUCUUUUUGUUUGUUGAGGGGGGUGGUGUCCAAUUGUGUAACAAGUGAAAAAAUAAAUUACGUUCUCUAGGUUUUUCUAAGAACACAAUAAUGCAAGCGCACGGAGUAAAAUAAAUCCAUUGUUUUGGGCAA